AUGGUGCGCAAUAUCGUCGUCAUCGGGGGUACCUCCCACCCGCAACUGACUCAGAACAUCUGCGGCGUUUUGGGCAUCCCGCCCGCCGACGUGCUCUUGUCGAAAUUCUCCGUGGGCGAGACCCGCGUCGAAAUCAAAGAAUCCGUUCGUGAGAAGGAUGUCUACAUCAUCCAAUCCGGCGGCGGAAAGGUCAACGACCAUCUCUUGGAGUUGCUGAUCACCGUCUCCGCCUGCAAAACCGCCUCCGCCAGGCGAGUCACCGCCGUCCUCCCGCUGUUCCCCUACUCCCGACAGAGCGAUAUCCCUUACAACAAGUCCGGUGCUCCUCUGGUGAAGUCUCACGUCACCGGGAAACCAGGGGGCCCUGGCUACACUUUCGAGAGCACUCCGUCGACCCCGCACCCCGGGAACCCCGAGAGUGGAAGCAUGCUCAAUGGCGUCGACAACCUGCAGAAGGGUCUCGCAAAGGCCCAGCUCGAUGAUUUCAACAACGGCAGCCCCGUGAAGAGACGUCCCGCGAAUGGCCUCCCUCGCAGCGACACGAUUGACUCCUUGAAGUCGGAAGCGACUACGAAUGGAGCCAAUGUCACCGAUGACAGCGCCGAAAAGAUCAGCAACUUCCAGCCCCGGCCUGGUUACAAGCAAUGGGUGGCCCAAGCAGGUACCUUGGUGGCGGAUUUGCUGACCUGCGCGGGUGCGGAUCACAUCAUCACCAUGGAUCUGCACGAUCCUCAGUACCAGGGUUUCUUCGACAUUCCCGUUGACAACCUGUACGGGCGACCUCUGCUGAAGAGCUACAUUCAGCGCAACAUCCCCAGCUACAAGCACGCCGUGGUUGUCAGUCCCGAUGCCGGCGGUGCCAAGCGCGCCACGGCCAUUGCCGACUCCAUGGGCAUGGAGUUUGCCCUAAUUCACAAGGAACGGCGUCCGACCCGGAUCACGGAACGUCAGAACGCGACGAUGAUGCUGGUGGGAGAUGUCAAGGAUCGGACAGCGAUCCUGAUCGACGAUCUUGCGGACACGUCGAAUACCAUCACGAGAGCUGCCAAGCUUUUGAAGAAGGAGGGCGCUGCCAAGGUUUACGCCCUGGUCACGCACGGCAUCCUGAGCGGCGAUGCGAUUGACCGCAUCAACGCCAGCGCUCUCGACAAAGUGGUCGUGACCAACAGUGUUGACCAGGCCGACCACUUGCGACGAUGCCCCAAACUGGAAGUUCUGGAGGUCGGCAAUGUCUUUGCAGAGGCCAUCCGCCGAGUCCACCAUGGUGAAAGUAUCAGUGUUCUCUUCCAGUACGAUUAA